AUGCUUCCCUACAAGGUGAUCCGGCUCGAAGGACCAGGGCGGCGCAGUAACCCAUACAUCAGCUCUGACACCGGCAAAAUGGAUGUCACUGCAGCUAUAGCGGAGACUCUGAAGCCUCCUGGGCCCACGUGCUGCCGUAGCUACGGCGAUAUCAGCAGCUCCGGAGAUACCAGUAGCUCAGGAGAUACCAGUAGCUCCGGAGACACCAGUAGCUCCGGAGCUACUGGUAUCUCCAGGGAUACCAGCAGCUCCGGAGAUACCAGUAGCUCCGGAGAUACCAGUAGCUCAGGAGAUACCAGUAGCUACGGAGAUACCUGUAGCUCCGGAGAUUCCAGUAGCUACAGCGAUAUCAGCAGCUCCGGAGAUACCAGUAGCUCAGGAGAUACCAGUUGCUCCGGAGACACCAGUAGCUCCGGAGCUACUGGUAUCUCCAGGGAUACCAGCAGCUCCGGAGAUACCAGUAGCUCCGGAGAUUCCAGUAGCUCCGGAGAUUCCAGUAGCUCCGGCGAUAUCAGCAGCUCCGGAGAUACCAGUAGCUCAGGAGAUACCAGUAGCUCCGGAGAUACCAGUAGCUCCGGAGCUACUGGUAUCUCCGGAGAUACCAGCAGCUCCGGAGAUACCAGUAGCUCCGGAGAUACCAGUAGCUCAGGAGAUACCUGUAGCUCCGGAGAUUCCAGUAGCUCCGGCGAUAUCAGCAGCUCCGGAGAUACCAGUAGCUCAGGAGACACCAGUAGCUCCGGAGACACCAGUAGCUCCGGAGAUACCAGUAGCUCCGGAGACACCAGUAGCUCCGGAGAUACCAGCAGCUCCGGAGAUACCAGUAGCUCCGGAGAUACCAGUAGCUCCAGAGAUACCAGUAGCUCAGGAGAUACCUGUAGCUCCGGAGAUACCAGUAGCUCCAGAGAUACCAGUAGCUCAGGAGAUACCAGUAGCUCCAGAGAUACCAGUAGCUCAGGAGAUACCUGUAGCUCCGGAGAUACCUGUACCUCCGGAGAUACCAGUAGCUUUGGAGAUACCAGUAGCUCCGGAGAUACCAGUAGCUUUGGAGAUACCAGUAGCUCCGGAGAUACCUGUAGCUCGCCACCCUGA